AUGACUCUAGCAGUAUCCACAGCACAGAUGUUCUGCCUGGUCUCCAGGCUAGACCUGAGAACCAUGCCUUCUUCUUGCUUUGGAAAUCCAAAUAAUGCAAUUGAAGGCAUCAGGACAGAAGCCUAUGAAGUGGUUUAUCCUCAAAGACGCCCUGUUCUUCAUAAAAGAGAUACUGAGGAAAAUCAAAAGCAUGGCCCACAGGAAAAGUAUGAUGUGGAAGUUCUUUAUGAGAUGAUUCUUCAUGGUAAACAGAUGGUGCUUCACUUGAGAAAGACAGAGGACCUUGUAUCCCCAAACUACAGUGAAACACACUAUUCCCAAGGAGGGGAGGAGAUUACCACAAAUCCUAAACUCAUGGAUCAUUGUUAUUACCAAGGACAUAUCCUUCAUGAAAAGGACUCUGCUGCUAGCAUCAGUACCUGUGAUGGCUUGAGGGGAUACUUCAGGCAACAUGACCAAAGGUAUCUCAUCGAACCUCUAGAACAUACUGAUCAGGGAGAGCAUGCCAUCUUCAAAUAUGAUCACAAGGCCCAAGACAGAACCAAUGGGAGUUGUGUGGUAUAUAACUUUUCUAAAACAGAGGCCAUCACUCAGGCUUCCAGGUCUGGACUCAGUUUAGAAAUGCAGAUAUACCUAAAAGAAAAGAAGUACAUUGAACUCUUCAUUGUUGCUGAUCAUGCUUUGUAUCGCAGACACAACCAUCUACAGAAAUGGCUGCGCACCCGGAUUUUUGGCAUGGUCAAUUUUGUCAACAUGCUUUAUAAAACCUUGAAUAUUCAAGUGAUCUUGGUUGGUCUUGAAAUGUGGACAAACGGAGAUAAAAUAGAAGUCAAUUCAAACCUGGGCACAACCCUCCUUUCCUUUGGUGGCUGGCAGGAAACAACCCUGAAAAAAAGAAAGAAUUAUGAUCAUGCGCAGCUACUCAGUGGAAACUGGCUUUCACAGACUGCUCAGGGAACAGCCUAUCCCUGGGGGAUGUGUGUGCCCUUUCAUUCCUCCAGUAUAGUGAAGGAUCACUUACAUGAUACCAACAUGGUGGCUGACAAAAUGGCACAUGAGCUGGCACAUAAUCUUGGAAUGCAACAUGACAGCUAUCCCUGCACCUGUACCUAUGGACGAUGUGUGAUGGAUGGAGGUGGAAGCAUCCCCUCCCAAGGAUUCAGCAAAUGCAAUCGAAACCAAUACCGUCAAUACCUCCUGGAUUACAAGCCCAUGUGCAUCCUUAAUGUUCCACUUUCCAAAGACAUAAUUACAUUCCCAAAGUGCGGGAACCAGAUAUUAGAAGUGGGAGAAGAAUGUGACUGUGGCAGUUUGGAGGAUUGCACCAAUAUUUGCUGUGAAGCCAAGAAGUGUACAUUGAAGCCAGGAAGUACCUGUGGAGGGGGAAAAUGCUGUGAAUCUUGUCAGAUUAAGAAAGCUGGGACUCUGUGCAGAAGAGCCAAAGAUGAGUGUGAUCUGCCUGAGGUGUGCGAUGGUUUCUCCCCUAAGUGUCCUGUGGACCGAUUCCAACUGAAUGGAUUUCCUUGCCAAAACUCAGAAGGUUAUUGUUUCAUGGGGAAGUGCCCCACUCGAGACAGUCAGUGUUCUGAGAUGUUCAAGGAUGAGGCUAAAGGAAGUCAUGAUAUCUGUUAUGAAAGAAAUAAAGGAGGGCAUAAAUUCGGUUACUGCAAAAGAGUGGACAACAAAUUUAUACCCUGUGAUGAAAAAGAUUUGAAAUGUGGAAAGAUAUACUGCACUGGAGGCCAGUACUUUCCAACUUAUGGGGAGGACAAAAAUUACCACCUUAAGGUUCCAGAUGAAAAUAUCACAGUGGAAUGCAAAGCAUUCUUCCCAUUCCAAUACACAGAAGAUAUAGGACUGGUUGCUUUGGGAACAAAGUGUGGGGAUGGAAAGGUGUGCAAAAAUGGUGAAUGUGUGAAUAUUGAGACAGUCUAUGACUCCACCAAUUGCUCUUCUCAGUGCCCAGGACAAUCUGUAUGUGAUCAUGAACUCCAAUGUCAAUGUGAAGAAGGACUGACACAUCCUAAGUGUGAGGACAACACAUUGAUUACCAAUGUCUCUAUUGUGGCUGGGGUGCUGACCGUGGUCCUGGCCACAAUUGUGAUCGCUGUGUUAUUUGUCCGCCGCAAAAAGGCUAGUAAGCAGAAACAAGUUAAUAGGUAA